AUGAGAAGACAUCAAGUUUAUAAAUUAUCCAUAGUGAUAAUACUCUGUACUGUCCUGGUAUUAAAAUUAACAAACAAUUUACCCAUAGAACAAAUAGGACAUCAUUAUUAUGCUUUGAAAAAUUCUAGAAACCAAAUAAAAUCUAAGAAAGAUUUCCUAAAUGUGGAUAUAUCUAAUCUUUUAAAAUUUAAAAAAAAUUGGAUUAAUUCUCCAAUUAGAUCAAUAACGAGAACUCAGGAAUAUUCGAAAAAAUCAUUAGUAGGCUAUGUCUCCAAUUUAGAUCUUAAGGACGAAAAGAAGGGGUCUGAAUACUCCGCGUCAUGUUCAGAUUUAGAAUACAUUAACGACAUUGAAUAUUCAUAUUGGGUACAUACAUUACCAUCUGAUUUAAAAGAAGUACGUAGAGAAUUAUUAACAAGCCCAGCUUUCGAAUUCGUUGAACCACAGUUACAUUCAGAUUUAGAAAUCAACUGGGAUGAGGAAAAAAUCUUGGAAAAGAAUUGGUUAACGUUUGGUGGGGUCUCUGUUUGGUCUAAACGGUAUAAUGUUUAUUUCGUUUAUUCAAGAGUCAUCUAUUCAAGAAAAGCUCAAAGGAACCAUCCUCAUGUAUCGCUAGUGAGAGGUCAAGUGUUUGAUAAAGAUUGGAAUGAAAUUCAUGGGUUUAAAGUCCCAUUUAACGAUAUUAUUGUUCCUAAGGAUGAUGAAGUAGAAUUACAGAAAUUAGAUGAGGAUUUAGGUUUAUACGAUUGUAAGAAACAACUUGGGCAUAAGGAAAAAGAACUGGCUUCGAACGAAUAUGAGAACUGUUUAGUAGAGGUAAAUAAACUUAAAUUGAAAAAUGAAAAGAGAAAGAAGGAAAUUCUUCAAAAAUAUUAUACCAUUUAUCCUACUGUUCUAAACAUUCCCUUCAUAUCCACUGGAGCUGAUUAUGAAGGUCCCGAAGACCCUCAUAUUAUUAUGAGAGAAACUGCUGAGUUUGAGGAACCUUUAAUUUUCUUUAAUAUGCAAGAUCAUAAUGAUGGUAAGCGAAAAUUAUACGGAUUUUUACCACAUCAAAAAAGUGAUCCAUUAAUUGAAUUCCAUAUUAAUGGAAGAGGUAUUAAAGGUAAAGAGAAAAAUUGGGUACCAUUUUUCCAUGCAGAUUCAUCAAAAGGACAGGCUGAAAGUCAAUUUUCAAGAGGUACCAUUCAUUUCAUUUAUUCAUUUUACCCGUUAGAAAUUUUGAAAUGUUCUUUAAAUGAUGGCGAUUGUGAAUUUGUAUUCGAAGGUUCAACUUUAGAACUUGAUAAAGACACUGAGUUUUCAGGUAUGAGAGGGUCCACGCAAUUUAUUAAUCUACCUAAUGUCAUUCCAACUCUAGCAGGUAAACAACUAUGGGUUGGGUUCCCUAAAUUCCAUCUGAAUGGUUGUGGGUGCGGUGUAAAAUAUUAUCGACCCAUGCUAUCUGUCAUAGUAGAAUCUAAUGGAGUUUAUCAUCAAGAACUAGUGGUACCGACUUUAGAUUUCAAUAUUGAUGUCUUGUCUUGGGAUUUAAAGGGCCAUUAUUGUUUCGAUGUCAAUGUAUUAAAUCCAAAUUCAAUCAAUUAUUGGGAAGUUGUCAGUCAAGACCCUGUUACGAAGAAAUAUGAAGAUUAUAUGUCUUUGACAGUUAGUGAAGCAGAUCACAAUACGAAAGUGGUUAUCGUGAAGGGCUUAUUGAAUUAUAUCUUGGGAAUUUACAAAGAUAAAAAUAUCAAAGAAGAUUUCCAGAUUACAGAGCAUGCUAAUUCCAUCAUCGCAGAAAGCGUGAAGUGUAUAGACAAAGAUACAAAGCAAGACUGUAAAAACUAUGGUAAAACACAUCCGGAACCUAAAGAUCUGUGA